GGCAAAUAACUAAACCGUAUCCUCUUAAUUCUGUAAGUCAACAAUUGACUUUAUCAACACAUUUAAACACCCAGGCUACGGCAAGUGUGGAGUCUCUGUUAUACGCGUGUCAGGGCCGCGCACUAAGUAUGCACUCCAAACUCUUAUUGGGUUGCGUCAUGAGCUAAAACCGCGUUAUGCAUACCUUAAGUCCAUCUAUCAUCCAGAAAAUAAAGAACUAAUUGACAAGGGAUUGGUUCUAUGGUUUCCUGGGCCAGCUUCGUUUACGGGGGAAGAUUCAUGUGAGUUUCAAGUUCACGGUUCCUUAGCUGUAAUUGCCGCCAUAAUGGAUGCGUUAGGCAAAGUCCCUGGACUGAGGCCGGCAACUGCUGGCGAGUUUACAAAACGUGCCUUCUUCGGUGGAAAACUUGAUUUAACUGAAGUCGAGGGUUUAGCCGAUUUAAUACAUGCUGAGACAGAAGCACAAAGGAAACAGGCUAUGCUGCAAAGUACUGGGGCACUUUCCCGUGUUUACGACAACUGGCGGAGGCGUCUAAUACGUUGUGCCGCACAUUUGGAAGCUUACAUAGAUUUUGCGGAAGAAGAAAAUAUAGAGGAUGACGUGGUGAUGCAAUUGAAUAAAGAACUUCGCCGUAUUAUAACUGAAAUACGUGAACAUCUGAACGAUCAGCGGCAGGGCGAAAUGUUGAGAAAUGGAGUGCGCACCGCAAUAGUCGGUGCUCCCAAUGUGGGCAAAAGCAGUUUUUUGAAUAUGAUGUGUCAGCGAGAAGUAGCAAUUGUAACACCCAUAGCUGGCACUACACGCGACAUCAUUGAAAGUACGCAUAACUUUGGCGGCUACCCAGUCAUCUUUGCCGAUACUGCAGGUUUGCAUAAACAAACGCAGGAUAUAGUAGAAUUGGAGGGCAUGAGUAGAGCAAAAGAAUGUCUGCAAAAUGCGGAUCUAAUUUUACUGCUAACUGACGCGCGUGAGCUGUUGGCCAAUAUAGCAAAUAAUAAUGGCACGUUAAAAGAAUAUCAAUCCAAUUACCUGCAGCAAUUGGACUUGGACGAAAAUGCGUUGGCGGAUAAGCGCAUACAAUUGAUUAUAAAUAAAAUCGAUUUGCUCUCAGCGACGGAGUUACAAAGGCUGACGCAAAUCGAUGUGUUGCGCAUCUCUUGUAAGGAGCCGAAUACUGUUGAAUUACAACCAUUUUUACAACAUUUUGAAGGAGUACUGCGCGAACUGUAAGUAGUAAAAAUAUACA